CUCCAAUUUAUUCCAAUAUCUAGUACAAGUUUAUUAAAAUGGUACUACUAUGCAGACAUUAUAUUCUCUAUACAUUGUUUGAGUACUCUUGUCAAUCUCUUUAAGGUUUUCUGAUAUUUGGAUAUGGGAAGGGAGAAGGAAGUAAUAUUACUGAUUGUGGUUCUUUCAACAUGUUUUUCUGUUUAUGGACAAGAUAUGCUCACUGAUCCAGAUGAAGUGACGGCGCUAGAGGCCAUUCAUGGAAGCCUGGAAGAUCCGAUGGGUUAUCUCAGAAAUUGGGAAAAGGAGAAAGACCCUUGCACUUCUUGGUCAUUUGUUCAUUGCCUUCAAAACGAAACCGACGGUUACCAGCAUGUUCAAGAAUUGCGUCUGAUGAAUUUGUCCCUAUCUGGUACACUAGCUCCUGAGCUUGGCCAACUUAAACAUAUGGAGAUUUUGAAUUUCAUGUGGAACAGAAUUAGUGGCAGUAUACCUAAGGAGAUAGGAAGCAUUACUGCUCUGAGGCUACUGCUUUUGAGUGGAAAUCAAAUAUCAGGUUCUUUACCAGAAGAGCUCGGUUAUCUUCCUAACUUAAACAAAUUUCAGUUGGACUUAAAUGAUAUAUCAGGACCAAUACCAAAAUCGUUUGCAAACUUGCCAAAAGUUGCACAUUUCCAUAUGAAUAACAAUUCAAUAAGCGGUCAAAUUCCUCCAGAGCUGUCUGUUUUACCCCGGCUUCAACACUUCCUUCUGGACAAUAACAACUUAUCGGGUUACCUUCCACCAGAGCUUGCAUUGAUGCCGAACCUAACGAUUCUUCAACUUGACAACAAUAACUUUGAAGGCUCGGGGCUUCCGGCUUCUUACAGCAAUAUGUCCAAACUAUUUAAGUUGAGUCUUAGGAACUGCAACUUGCAAGGAACAGUUCCUGAUCUAAGCACAAUACCACACCUUCUUUACUUAGACCUUAGCAGAAACCAACUCACAGGAAAUAUACCUUCCAAUAAGCUGUCUGAUAAUAUCACAACCAUCAUUCUGUCAGGAAACAUGCUUAAUGGUUCUAUCCCUUCAAACUUUUCUGUCCUUCCAAAUCUGCAGAGGCUGUCACUCAACAAUAAUAGGUUAAGUGGUUUUGUGCCAACUACCAUUUGGGAGAAUAAGACAUUUUCCCCAGGUGCAAAACUUAGAUUGAACUUUCAACGUAAUUUUCUCUCAGAUAUUUCGGGUAUUCUUGAUCCUCCUCCAAAUGUUGAUAUUAUGCUUUAUGGAAAUCCUGUUUGUGGAAAUGCAAAUGAGCGCCAGAUUACCCAAUUUUGUAAAUCAAGAGACGGAGGUGAAGAGUAUGGACGCUUGAACAACUCUAUUCCAAGUUGUGCAGCCCAGCUGCCUUGCGACGUGGAUUUUGAACAUGUCCCAGCAUUAAUGAAUGACUGCUUUUGUGCAGCACCUUUUGGAGUCGGUUUGCGUUUAAGAAGCCCUAGCAUUUCAGACUUUCCACCACAUUAUAGUGACUUUGAACAGUGGAUUACAAAAAGUGUUAAUUUGAAUGAUUAUCAACUGCACAUUGAUUCGGUUGCAUGGCAAAACGGUCCUAGGCUUAGGUUCUUUUUGAAAUUCUUCCCUCCACGUGCAAAUGACUCUGGAACCAAUGAUUUUGGAAAAUUUAAUGACAGCGAGAUAGUACGGAUCGCAAAUAAGUUUGCCUUUUUUAAUCUUACUGGAAAUGAUAUCUUUGGCCCUUAUGACCUGCUCAAUUUCACUGCCAUGGCAUAUAAUUCUGUCCUUUUUCCUCCGUUGGGAGAAGAGGGAAGCAGAAAAAACAGAGGCACUGUGGUUGGAAUUGUCUUAGGGUCCAUAUUUGCUGCAGCUGUGCUACUUAUGGCCAUAAUAUUCGUGUUGUUUAAAAUGCGGCGGAGGUCACACGUUUCAAAAGAUCAACCAUUACCAAAAUUUCCAAUGCGAAUAGAAGGUGUUAAGGCAUUGGGUUUUAAGGAAUUAGAGGCAGCAACUAACAGUUUUAGCAGUACUGCUGAAAUUGGCCAAGGAGGCUAUGGAAAAGUCUACAAAGGCACUUUGGCAGAGGGAACAAUAGUGGCAAUAAAACGUGCACAACAAGGCUCAUUACAGGGGGAGAAAGAGUUCUAUACUGAGAUAGAAUUACUGUCACGUGUACAUCACCGAAAUCUGGUUUCCUUGGUGGGAUACUGUAAUGAAGGAAGUGAACAAAUGUUGGUGUAUGAGUACAUGCCAAAUGGUUCCUUGCAUGAUCUUCUCUCUGCUAGAUAUGGGGAACGUCUGAGUCUUGGAACAAGGUUAUACAUUGCUUUAGGUGCUGCCAGGGGCAUCCUCUACCUCCAUACUGAGGCUAAUCCUCCAAUAAUCCAUCGUGAUAUCAAAGCAAAUAACAUACUGUUGGACUCUAAGUUCACUGCAAAAGUCUCUGAUUUUGGAAUCUCAAAGCUUGCACCGUUACCUGAUGCUGAAACGAGUGGACAUGUAUCAACUGUUGUGAAAGGAACUCCUGGCUACCUUGAUCCUGAGUACUUCUUUACUCACAAGUUGACAGAGAAAAGUGAUGUUUAUAGCCUUGGUAUUGUAUUUCUGGAGCUUUUAACAGGGAUGCGACCUAUAUCUCAGGGAAGGAACAUCGUCCGAGAGGUGAAUGCAGCAUGUGAAUCAGGGAUGAUGUCUUCUAUUAUCGACAAGGGUAUAGGUCCAUAUUCCUCAGAUUGUGUCAAGAAAUUCCUGGAUUUGGCUCUCAGGUGUUCACUGGAUGAACAAAAGGAUAGACCUUUAAUGCUGGAGGUGGUGAGAGAGUUAGAGGACAUCACUUACAUGCUUCCAUCUGUAUUCGACUAUAAUAUUCCACCAGAUACAGAUGUUUCCACGUCUGGAAUGUCAUCAUCACCACCAACUUCAACUUAUUCCAGACACACUACCACCUACACAACUAUGGAAGGAAUUGAGCUUGUGAGCGGUGUCAUUCCCACCAUCAGGCCUCGUUGAUGCGCUUAAUCACUUGCUAUAUACCCUUCAUUUACCAACAUGUUAAUGGUCAGAUUCUGAAGUAUUAGAAGUUUCACAUUUUAGUCUGAGGUAUGUAAUGUACAUAUAUGUAUUAUAAGCAGGUUGAAUCAACUCUGAGACCAUGAAAAGACUUGUAUAUAAUCAUAUGGUGACGUUGUUUUCCAUUAGAUAUGCCCUCUUGUUUAUGACCAUAAUAAGUGAUGAGUUUACGGAAUAUACCGUCAGCGUAAACAAUUUUUAUAUCAUCAGAUCAUUUUUACAAAUGGUUAUGUUACUA